GGAAAGGUUGUAGUCAAUCUCUGAGUGGAGGAAGCUGGCAAAACCAGAGAAGUGGGAUGCUAUCUAUGUACAAAGAAGCCAGGGAAAUAGCAGUAAGAGGCAGAACUGUACAGGGACUGUGGCUGCUUGUUGUAAGGUCCCUGGCUUGGAACCCCGUGUGAAGUGUGGGCCUGAGUUUCCCUACCAGCCACCGAGGAGUGGUUGGAGGCAACAGGAAGUAGUUCUGGAAAGAUUGUGAAUUCCCUGGAAAGGGAGGACUUUAGUGACCUGGCUGGAGAGCCAAGCCACAGAGGAAGCUGCAGACCUGGGAGAGAGUGGGGCCAUAGUGCAAAACAAGGUAGUAGAAGACCACACCAGUGGGAGAGUGCAAGCUGAUAGAGUGAAUGCCCAGGAUGGCUACCAGGAGGUGCUGCUUAUGAUGGCUGCAUAUCCUGGAAGGCGAGGAGUAAGUCAACCUACCAGCAGAAGGAGACUGUGGAUCAGUGGGGGAAACUGAGGCAUGGUUGUACCUGUUAAUGGAGAGGGCUAGCAUUAGAAAUUGGUACCAGCAGCAGGCCAGAUUCAGCUAUGGGAAUUCAGGCAUGAAGUUGACCCCUCUCAAUCAUUUCCUUUAGAUGAGACAUAGCACAAGCUGUGGUAUUUAUGAGCCGCCAUUUCUUGUACUACUGCAGUGAACCUACCCUGGAUGUGAAGAUUGCCUUUUGUCAGGGAUUUGGGAAACAAGUGGAUGUGUCAUAUAUUGCCAAACAUUACAACAUGAGCAAAAGCAAAGUUGACAACCAGUUCUACAGCGUGGAAGUAGGUGACUCGACCUUCACCGUUCUCAAGCGCUACCAGAACUUAAAACCUAUUGGCUCUGGGGCUCAGGGAAUAGUUUGCGCUGCAUAUGAUGCUGUCCUUGACAGAAAUGUGGCUAUUAAGAAGCUCAGCCGACCAUUUCAGAAUCAAACGCACGCCAAACGAGCUUACAGGGAGCUGGUCCUCAUGAAGUGCGUGAACCAUAAAAAUAUUAUCAGUUUAUUAAAUGUCUUCACACCACAGAAAUCUCUGGAGGAAUUCCAGGAUGUUUACCUGGUAAUGGAAUUGAUGGAUGCCAACUUGUGCCAGGUGAUUCAGAUGGAAUUAGACCAUGAACGAAUGUCUUACCUGCUCUACCAAAUGCUGUGUGGGAUCAAGCACCUUCACUCUGCGGGAAUCAUUCACAGGGAUUUAAAACCAAGUAAUAUUGUGGUAAAGUCCGAUUGCACGUUGAAGAUUCUGGACUUUGGACUGGCCAGGACUGCAGGCACCAGCUUCAUGAUGACUCCGUAUGUGGUGACACGUUAUUACAGAGCACCAGAGGUCAUCUUGGGAAUGGGCUACAAGGAGAACGUGGAUAUAUGGUCUGUGGGAUGCAUUAUGGGAGAAAUGGUUCGCCACAAAAUCCUCUUUCCAGGAAGGGACUAUAUUGACCAGUGGAAUAAAGUAAUUGAGCAGCUGGGAACACCAUGUCCAGAAUUCAUGAAGAAGCUACAACCCACAGUGCGGAACUACGUUGAGAACCGACCUAAGUAUGCUGGUCUCACUUUCCCCAAACUUUUCCCAGACUCUCUCUUCCCAGCCGACUCAGAACACAACAAACUCAAAGCCAGCCAAGCCAGGGACCUUUUGUCAAAGAUGUUGGUGAUUGACCCAGCCAAGCGGAUAUCAGUGGAUGAAGCCUUGCAGCAUCCAUACAUUAAUGUGUGGUAUGACCCAGCGGAAGUGGAGGCGUGGAGUGUUUUCUGCUCACCAGACUUAAAAAAGCCUCCUCCUCAGAUAUAUGAUAAACAGCUGGAUGAAAGAGAACAUACGAUUGAGGAAUGGAAAGAAUUGAUCUACAAGGAAGUAAUGAAUUCUGAAGAAAAAACUAAAAAUGGAGUAGUUAAAGGACAGCCUUCUCCUUCAGGUGCAGCAGUGAACAGCAGCGAAAGCCUCCCUCCAUCCUCAUCUGUUAACGACAUCUCCUCCAUGUCCACUGACCAAACCCUGGCAUCUGACACCGACAGCAGCUUGGAAGCUUCUGCAGGACCCCUCGGUUGUUGCAGAACAGAUGAGAGUUAGGACCAGGUUAAAAGGAAGCACAUCUGUCUUUGGGAGCUGUUGGGGUUGAGGAUGGAGGAGUUGUCCUGUGAAUACCUAAUAUCUCAGCCCACAAGGACUUCAGAGACAAACUUUUCAUAGUGAUAAUACAGUGAGUUAUUUUUCUUAGAUAGGCUUAUCAUUGUUAAUUAUAGUGUGUAUGUGUGUGUUAGGGGCUAAAAUGUGUGGGGAUAGGCUCAGAUAACAAGAAGGAUGUACACAAUUUUUAUGUAUCAUUUAUGACUAGGUGCUUGGUAAGCCAGGAUUGCAGACAAGGGAUGUUUGCAGUCUACUCCCUCUCUAGGUAUUUGUUGCUGCAAAGGAGUUGAAUUCCCUUUAAAUAAUUUCCCUUGUGGGAAUUACAUUACUUGGACAACAUUGAUUCUAUAGUUCCUUUCAGCCUUUUUUCCCACUGGUGACAAAUCAGCAGAUUCCUCAAAAUGCUUCAUCAACUGGGCUAUACAUAGCAGGUUAGUAAAUUGAAUGGUCAAAUAUUCUCAUACACAAUAGGCUUUGCCUUUGUUUAACAGCCAGGAGCCAAGCUGGGAGUGUAACAAUCAGGGUCUCAGGCAGCUUUUGCAUAUUUCUAAAGAAGCCAAUAUUGAGUAAAUAUUCAUUGGAUUUUGACAGAUAAUACUACUUUGAACUUGCCACAGAGAGUAGUGUCAGGUCUUUUAGCAGCAUACAGCAACACUACACAAUUGUUUAGGGCAAGUGAAGAACAGUUUUUCCUCCUGAAACAGCAAUGAGGAUUUUAGGUAGGCAAAAUGCAAUUGUCUGAGUUGGAAUUUAACCAGGAUUCUAGGGUUCACAUCUCUCUCCUCUUAUUCAAAUGUGCUGUGCCAUCUGUAAUGUAUGCCUCAUCCAAAUGGCAGGACGAGUUAAUUUAAAUAGCUUAUUCUAUUUAACUGUAAUGUGUGACAAUUUUUGAAUCUACAACUAUUUGACUGGACAGUUGACAAAUCUGUCAUCCCUAAGCUGGGGAAAAUAUCUGAAUAUCAACUGAGAUUUUGUCCAAAGUAAAAAGCAAACAAUAAAGCUUCCACUCAAGUAUGUAAAAUAAAAAUAAAGAAUAAAUGUAAUGUAAUCUCAGAGUUAGUUGCUCUGAGUGGUCUUGAAAUUACACUAUAAAGUAAUUUUUCCCCA